AUGAGUGGAAUAAACGUUAUGCUACAUCAUCGAGAUAUCCGAACCGUGGAUACGAAUGGGAACCGUUUUGUCAAGAAACUUGAACUGCAAAGAAAUUUAUCCUUGGCCAGUCCAGGAGGGUUCCUGUUCCGCUUAAACAAGGAGACUCGAUUUUAUGCUUAUUCACGAGACAGUAACGUCAAAAUGACGUUACAAGGGAAAAGAAUUUUUGCAGAAAGGGAGAGAGAGAUUACCCGAAGGUAUUUUAGUAAAGACGCUUUGUCCGUUCUUCAAAGAAGCAUCCUUCAAAGACGAUCCCUCCCCUUUUCGUCAGAAAGUAAAUUAAAAGAUCUACGCAUCACGGGGACUAAAACGGUCCUGCUAAAAGCACAAGAAAAUUUGCGCAAUGAACGCUUGGAUUUGUUAUCAGUGGACGUCGAAGCCAGAAAAAAUAAACUUGACUUUAGUUUACCGCCAUUACGAAAAGAAAAACUACCUAAUGAUUUCCUAACUGGAAGAAAGGAAGAUUCUGCGUUUGUCUGCAGUCGGAUAUUGCCCUGGAAACAAGACAACUUAGAAAAAAACAAGCUUGAGAUUAAAUCUAGUAGAGCUGAAAAGGGCGUUCUCACAGAAAAGGACAAAGAAAAUAGCAAGAGAUUACUACGCCGUGAAAUCGAAGAUCCUUUUAUUAUUUCAAAAAAGAAUCCACAAAAGAAGCGAACAAUAAAUGUUUUCCUGCCAGCUAUUUCUACAGAGGAUCCGAAUAAUGACGACAUCUAA